AUGGCGACGAGAACGCCUCAAUCCCCUUUACCUAUCCUCAUCAACAUCCUACAAUCCCACACAAAGACCCCAGAGGAAGGAUACAGAGUCCUGCAAGCCUACCAAAUAUUCGUUGACUACGCCUUUCAAUGCCGCACUGACGAUGCCUUUGUAACGCUCCUCGACGCCACUGUCAUACCUGAAGAAUGGUACGACCUCCGUAGCUGGCUCCAUACGCAGCAUCCUGAUACCAAUACUCUUGAAAGAUUCCCCUCCCACUACGACGUCGCCACCGAACUCAUCCGCAACCUCCCGGAACAUGACCGUCUAACGCUAGUGACAACCUCUAAGAGCUAUUGUUAUCACGUUGGCGAGCAGACAGGUUUUACGCUGAGAACCCUCAUUCGACAUGGAGGCUUCAAAGAGCUAUUGAAAUACAUCAUAAAACUGCAGCCACGAUGUGCAGUGCAGACCAAGGAAAAAGAAAAAGAAAUGGAGAUAGCCAUACACCGAGAUGCGGAGACACAUUUUAUCGAAGCGAUACGCAAACAGAUUGAUACUGUAAACCCGGACAAGAUUAAGAAUACGCUAGCUGUGCUCUCGGAGAUCGCUGUGCGUGCCGCUGCUUUCCUCCAAAAGUGCGACUUCACGGUUACGGAGGAAACUGCCCACGAAUUUUACAUGGAUUCAAUCAUGUACACCCGUUCCAUCGUAUCAGAGCCUUUCAGCAUGAUUCCACUGGCUGAGAGGCGUGAUUUGGCGCGCCUUGAUGUAAUGGUGUUGGCACGCUCACUGUUGGACCAAGCCUUUGCCAUUGCGAAGACAACUCCUGUACGGCAGGAAUUAGCCUGGCGUCUCCAUCACUGGAUGGCGCAUUGCGUAAAGGGUGCUUUCAGGCUUGAUGUCCAUAACCAGUUCCGCUACUUCGAUAUUGCAAACGCAGUGGCCGAAGUCAUGCGUAGUCCAUUCCGAUGGCAAGGUUUCUUCGCUACUAAUCCGACGCCGCUUGCUAAUUUCCUUCCUCGCGGUUGGGAAGACCAGGAUGGGGACCGUUUCUCCUAUGGUGAGCUGACUAUCCCACCGCUCGAGGAGGAGGAGGAGGAUGCGCUUUGGUUCAUGGAGGAUGUGAACAGGGAGCCGGAUAGUCCGCGACGAAGUGCGCGUAUCUGCUCUUCACCGGUACGCACAGCAGAUGAGAUUGGGCCAGACGCUACUUGCACGAUAUGUGGCGACGCGCUUGCUGUAGUCGAAGGGCUGUGUCUGCAAAUGCCUAUGCGUGUGCAUUGCAGCGGGGGACACAUUUAUCACUAUGAAUGCUUGACGAUGUUGAUCAACGGCAUUGAUGCCAAGGCUAUCAUUGACGACGACGAGGAGGAGAUGAACGAAGAGCUGGACGAGGAGAUGGACGAAGAGGUGGAGGAAGAGAUGUACGAGGUGGACGAAGAAUUGAACGAGUGUGUGAACGGACGGGUGAACGAGUGGGUGAACGAGCGGGUGGACGAGGAAAUGAACGAGGAGAUGGACGAGGACGUAAAUCAGGGAAUAGACUAG